UUCUUCAAAUGGAAGGAAAUAUUUUGAAUUUUAACCCAGAAAUUGCAACAACAACUGUAGAUGAUUUGAAAAACAUCUUGGAAGAAAAAGUUUCCAUUAUCAUUAGAGCCAUAGCAAAACUUCAAGUAACUCUGCGUGUUAUUGAAGAACAUCUUCAAAAUCUGAGUACUACUCACAUUAACAAACAUCAAUCAACUCGCGUUGAUGAAAUCCAAUGGCCUAUAUCUCUUCAAAAAACCGAGGAAAUUACUACAUUUGAUAAAAAACUGAAAGAGGAGCAAAACUUGUGUUCUAGCUUUGUUACUUUUUUACGAGAUAUUGGAGGCAAUGGCCCAAAAGAACACACUCAGCGUUGUUUGCGAAGAGUUUUUAGCAAUAAUGUUGCAAAACAAUGCUCGUGGUUUGGAUUGAGAAACAAUUACAAACUUUGUGAUCUGAAAAUCAUACAGUGUAUAAAUGGUGAUGUAAUUAAAGACAAGUAUUGCAAUAAUACUGCAAAAGAGUUCGAAAAUACUGUCAGCGAAUGGUUCCGACAAGGCAGUCAGCGACAUGCUAGAGAAAUUGAACAA